CUCCUCCCACAUCUCUUCAAUUUCACUUUCAGAUCUCUCUCUCUCUAUCCUCAUUCCUCAUAUUUUUGUUCGGAGUGACAUCCUCCCUCUCCCACUCCCCGGUUCCCCGUCAAUCCCUCGAGAACCUACACGAUCAACCCCACCUCCGUCAACGAGGCACCUUCGCAUUCCACAGUAUAGUGCAAUUCCUGCAUCAUGGUCGGAAUCGGUCCCAAGGUUCCUCCUGCCCGCAAGGGUUCCAUCCAAGAUGUGCCCCAGAACCUCCUGGCCCACAUUCAGGAGUUUGAGGACAUCUUCACCGUCGAUACAGCCAAGCUGAAGGAGGUUGUCAAUCACUUUGAAAAGGAGCUGGAGAAGGGUCUCACCGUCGAGGGUGGUAACAUUCCCAUGAACAUUACCUGGGUUUUGGGCUUCCCCGACGGUAAUGAGGAAGGCACCUUUCUCGCCCUCGACAUGGGCGGCACCAACCUGCGGGUUUGUGAAAUCACUUUGACCAAAGAGAAGGGCAAGUUCGACAUCACCCAGUCCAAAUAUCGCAUGCCCGAUGAGUUACGGACCGGUACGGCCGAGCAACUGUGGGAGUACAUUGGCGACUGCCUCCAGGAGUUUAUCGAGCACCACCAUGCAGACAAGAAGCUCGACAAGCUGCCGCUGGGUUUCACCUUCUCCUACCCGGCGACCCAGGAAUACAUCGACCACGGCAUUCUCCAGCGCUGGACCAAGGGGUUUGAUAUCGACGGCGUGGAGGGCCAAGAUGUGGUUCCUCCGCUAGAGGCAGUCUUGCGGAAGCGGGGCCUUCCGAUUAAAGUGGCUGCCUUGAUCAACGAUACCACCGGAACACUCAUCGCCUCGGCCUACACGGAUCCCGAGAUGAAGAUCGGCUGCAUCUUUGGCACCGGCGUCAACGCGGCCUACAUGGAGGAUGCCGGCUCGGUGCCCAAGCUCGCCCACAUGAACCUCCCCCCCGACAUGCCCGUCGCCAUCAACUGCGAGUACGGGGCCUUCGACAACGAACACAUCGUCCUUCCGCUCACCAAGUUCGACCACAUCAUUGACCGGGAAUCCCCGCGUCCCGGCCAGCAGGCGUUCGAGAAGAUGACCGCGGGUCUGUACCUGGGCGAGAUCCUCCGAUUGGCCCUCCUAGACCUUGUCGACAACCAGCCCGGCCUCAUCUUCAAGGGCCAGAGCACCGACAAGCUGAGGCAGCCAUACCUGCUCGACUCGUCAUUCCCCGCCGCCAUCGAGGAGGACCCCUACGAGAACCUGCAGGAGACGUCAGACCUGAUGGAGAGCAAGCUGGGCAUCAAGCCCACCGCGGUCGAACUGGAGAUGAUCCGCCGCCUGGCCGAGCUGAUCGGGACCCGCGCGGCCCGGCUGUCCUGCUGCGGUGUGGCCGCGAUCUGCAAGAAGAAGAACAUCCAGUCGUGCCACGUGGGCGCCGACGGCUCGGUGUUCACCAAGUACCCGCACUUCCAGGCCCGUGGCGCGCAGGCCCUGCGUGAGAUCUUGGACUGGGCGCCCUCGGAGCAGGACAAGGUGGUCAUCAUGGCGGCCGAGGACGGGUCGGGUGUUGGCGCGGCGCUGAUUGCGUCGCUGACGCUGAAGCGCAUCAAGGCCGGUAAUGUGGCUGGUAUCCGGAACACGGAAGAGAUCAAGACGCUUAUUUAAUCCGUCUUUGGAGUUCGACGAGACCACUUGAGUAGGCGCAUAUAAAAGGAUAUACAUGUUAUGAAUACAAUGAUUUGAUACUUUCUUACUUAGCAAACUUUCCUUGGUACAUCAUUGGCGUCUACUAACAUGGAAUAGAUGGUCAGUUUGUCUGGUUGAACUCUGAGCCUGGCAGCUGCCUGCGAACUGCAGCAUCCAAGGACGAUCACUUCCUCUUGUUUACACCUCAUGAUUGAUUGCCCCUCCAGCUGAUUUGAAAACAGCCGGCUGAACUCGUCAUGAUGUCACCGCGCAGGGACUAUCAGCUAUGUAGUUACAUAUUGCACUAGAUUCAUUCCAUACAGGGUUUCAGGGUCCUCUGACAGGC